AUGAGCCUCGUGCGCGGGCGCCCGGCCCUCCUGGUCCUUGGGGCACUCAUCACCUUCGUCCUCUACCUGCUGCUGCCGGCCUUGUGGCAGGGGGGGCACGCGGGCGGCACGGCGGGCCAGGAGCAGGGCCAGCGCCACAUCAGCAGCUUCGUGCGCACGGGAACCGUCACGGGCACCCCAGCCAUCUUCUACAGGGAGGCGGCCGUGUCCUGGCCUGCUGGCACCGCCAGCCCCCGUGGGUGCCCCAGGCCGAGCUGGGUUCCCGUGGGCACAACCUCUUGCCCGCAGCCUUGGCACGUGUCCUCCCCACGCAGGCCGGACGUCCUGCUGCUGCACGGCCAAGCCUUCACCUCCAAGACAUGGGAGAUCCUGGGCACGCUGGCGCUGCUGGCUGAGGAAGGCUACCGCGCCGUCGCCAUAGACCUGCCGGGCCACGGGGAUUCACCCCCUUCCGACACGGUGGCCACGGAGUGGGGCCGGGUGGCCCUCCUGGAUCAUGUCCUGCAGGAGCUGGCCCUGCGCCGGCCCGUCCUCGUCAGCCCGUCCAUGAGCGGCCGCUUCGCCGUGCCCUUCCUGCUGGCACGGGGUGCCCGUCUGGCCGGCUUUGUGCCCAUCGCGCCCGCUGGCACCCGAGACCACGCGGCCGAGCGCUACCAACAGCUCCAGGCCCUGCGAAUCAACACCGUGCACCCUGAGCCUGACUACGAUGCAGCCGUGCGUUUCUUGGAGCGCGUUGGCACCGAUCUGGGCUUGGCCAGCCAGAAAGUGGAGGUGUGCCCGGGCCGCGUGGUGCUGGUCCUCACCUGGCCGGGCACCAACCCCCGCCUGCGCUCCAUCCUGCUCAACUCCCACACGGACGUCGUGCCGGUCUUCGAGGAGCACUGGACCUACCCGCCCUUUGAAGCCAUUAAGGACUCUCAAGGCAACAUCUAUGCCCGGGGUGCCCAGGACAUGAAGUGCGUCUCCAUACAGUACCUCGAGGCCAUCCGGAGGCUGAAGGCGGAGGGGAAGAGUUUUGCCCGCACCAUUCACCUGACCUUCGUGCCCGAUGAGGAGGUGGGUGGCCACAAGGGCAUGGAGAUGUUUGUGCAGCGCCCGGAGUUCAAGGCACUCAACGUGGGCUUCGCCCUGGACGAAGGCCUGGCCAGUGCCUCCGACACCUUCAGCGUCUUCUAUGGCGAGAAGAGCCCCUGGUGGAUUAAAGUGAAGUGCUUGGGCAGCCCCGGCCACGGCUCCCGCUUCAUCAGCAACACGGCGGCUGAGAAGAUGCACAAGGUGAUCACCUCCUUCCUGGCAUUCCGGGAGAGUGAGAAGCAGAGGCUGAAAUCUGACACAGGCCUGACCUUGGGGGACGUCACCUCGCUCAACCUCACCAUGCUGGAGGGGGGUGUCUCCUUCAACGUGGUGCCCUCGGAGAUGACAGUCGGCUUCGAUGUCCGCAUCCCCCCCACCGUGGACCUGAAGGCGUUUGAGGAGCAGGUGGCAGCGUGGUGUCAUGCUGCUGGGGACGGCGUCACCUACGAGUUUAUACAGAAGUGCAUGGACCAGAACAUCACGUCCACGGAGGAAUCAGACCCGUGGUGGAAAGCCUUCAGCGGUGUCUGCAGGGACAUGAACCUCAAGCGGGAGUUCUCCCCCGCGCCCCCUGCCAGCCGCUACAUCCGUGCGGUGGGACACCCGGCCAUCGGCUUCUCGCCCAUGACCCGCACGCCGGUGCUGCUGCAGAAUAAGCUUCAGGGCUGGAAGAAACCGAUUUGA